GGAAAGAGCUUCAGUGAAAGUGGGAAACUUAGAAUACAUCAACGAACUCACACUGGGGAGAAACCAUUUAAAUGUAUUGAAUGUGGAAAAAGCUUCGGUAAGAAUGGAGCACUUAGAGUACCAACGACUCACACAGGGGAGAAACCAUUUAAAUGUAUUGAAUGUGGAAAGAGUUUCAGCGAAAGUGGAGCACUUAGAAUACAUCAACGAACUCACACUGGGGAGAAACCAUUUAAAUGUAUUGAAUGUGGAAAGAGCUUCAGUAAGAAUGGAGCACUGAGAAUACAUCAACGAACUCACACAGGGGAGAAACCAUUUAAAUGUAUCGAAUGUGGAAAAAGCUUCAGUGAAAGUGAGAAACUUAGAAUACAUCAACGAACUCACACUGGGGACAAACCAUUUAAAUGUAUUGAACGUGGAAAGUGCUUCAGUGAAAGUGGAGCACUUAGAAGACAUCAACGAACUCACACAGGGGAGAAACCAUUUAAAUGUAUCGAAUGUGGAAAAAGCUUCAGUAAGAAUGGAGCACUGAGAAUACAUCAACGAACUCACACUGGGGAGAAACCAUUUAAAUGUAUUGAAUGUGGAAAGUGCUUCAGUCAAAGUGGAGAUCUUAGAAUACAU